AUGGCUUCAGAAUCUGUUCACAGCAUUCAUCUUCCCGCCCCCAAGGCAGUUUCGCCGUUCAUCAGGACAGCUCGCUGGGGUCUUUUGUUUGCUGGAAUCCUAUAUGGAGCUCUUCGCCUGAAGUAUCUGCAGGUGCGGGAGGUGAAAAUCCAAAAGAAAAAUCAUGCCAUCAUAGCUAAGAGGAAGGCGGACCAUGAUAUGUGGUGCCGAUACCAGUCUGAACAAUCAAUGCAGCAGCUACUAAAGGAAGCCGGCCUCGAUAAAGAAUAG